UAACACGCAACAGCACAAUGCUCUGUUACGAGUUUUAUGCAAAACAGAGAGAUAUCAUUUAGUCCUUCAUUUUAUCCAUUUUUGUUCACAGUUCUGCGGAGCUAUGAAUCCUCGAAUCGUUGCAGAUGCUGAAUCAAAGCUAGAAGUCGUGGAAAGCGGUCACGGAAAUGGUACGGAAGCUGAUUCGACAAAGAAAUUCAAGGUCUUUCAGGUGGAUUUUUUGUCAGGCUUUGUUUUGAGGCAAAACUUUGAAAAGCGUCCAUGGAAUGGUAGAUUAUAUAGAGAAAAUCGAUUUUACAGAGCCAGCCUUGCUAUUUUCGGUGUAUUACUUUGUAAAUAACGAUUAUAGCUUGCUUCACGGAAAGGAUCAUGAUGUGGAGAAGUUUUGCUUGUCAGGUGGGAAAAUGUGGUUUUCUUGAAGGUCGGCGGUGCUUUUCUUGUUGAAGAUUUCUUUUAUUUUGGCUCUUUUGAGGGUAGAGGCCUUUGGAUACGGAUGAGCUAUUAGUGUUGCUGUAUCUGAAGUUUUUACUGUACAAAUAGAGGCAAUGGAAAAAUAUUCUGAGCAGUUAUUUGUCGUUCGUGGACAGUCACUGUUUUAUUUUUUAUUUUGGUGAAAUACAGUCAAGACAAGUGGUUCGAAUCCCCGGCGGACUGUUUGUGUUGAUGUUUUUGAAGCUCUUAUUGUGUGAAUCGAGGCAUUGAAAGAGAUUUGCAUAACAUUUUUACGGCAUCCGUGAAUAUUUGUUCUUUUCCUCUUCAGACGAAAAAUUUCCAAGACAGCCGAUUGCAGAGGCAUUGCGUAGAGAAAACAGUGAUUUGUGGAAAUUUCUCUGCGUCCGUUGUUCAUUGCGGAAUGCUUUUCAAUACGGAGUUUUAAAGGAGUUAAAGCUUUCCACGGCUCUGGUCUUGGUUCUUUCUUUUUGAGUGUCGGAAUUUGGUGUGUAAAGGGAAUUCUUUUUUUUGAAAUUUAUAAUUAUAUGGAGGUUAAGGGGUUGAAGGCUGAAAAAAUGGAAGGGGGAAAUCUCGGAGAUGAUGAUUUGAGGGAAGGGAGGCUGGAAAAGUGUAAGGAUGGACAGGCUGACCGCGGUCAUGAGGGUUUUGAUGUAGAUGAUCAUGGCGAGGGUAUGGCAGUGCUUGAUUUUGAUGUUCUGUGCGCGACUGUUGCUAUGCAAAGCGAGCAUUUAUCUUUUGAGUUUACGAGGUUGGCUGACAGGGAAGGUGGUGGUGGAGUGCAGAGAAUGUGGGAAGGUGGAUUGAUGGAUUUCUGCGAUGAUCACAAAAUCUUGCUGGAAACGACCUGUUGCCCAUCCUCCACAUUUGGAAAGAACAUGCGAAGGGCUGGUUUUGGGACAUGUAUUGUUCAGGGUACAGCCCAUUUCCUUUCUGGUUUAUUUGCGCUUGCCAAUUUUAUUGCCUUUGGAGUGACCAAAGUGCACACCUUUCUGUACGUUGCUAUCAUUAUCACGCUUUCAAUGGCUGCAUAUGCUGGUUAUUUCCGUACAGAAAUGCGAAGGCGAUUCAACAUCAAGGUUAGUGAUAGUGCACUAGAUGACUGCAUCCAUCAUCUAUUGUGUUCGUCCUGCAGUCUCUGUCAGGAAGCAAGGACAUUAGAAAUAAAUAAUGUCCAAGAUGGCGUAUGGCAUGGUAGAGGUGAUACAAUAUUGGUAGGAAGCUAUAGAGAUUCUCAGAAAUCAUCUGUAGAGCUUCAGCAGUCUUCCGUAGUUACAGUUUCACCCGAGGCGUGUUGUAUGGACAAAAGCGAACAUGCGUGGAGUAAAUUGUCUGAUCAAUCAGAGCCUUUUGUUGGACUAAAACAUGAUUCUUUUUUGUAGGAGCACCUAUAUUUGAGGUGGUUCUUCAAAUUUUUUUAUGGAGGUAGCCAGCCACAAUUUCUAACAAUUUACUUCCCAGAAAAUGCAUCAUCGUAAUUUGUAGUGCCUUGCUAAUGAAUUUCUUGCCGGCCAUUUCAAUGAAAUUUAAUUGCGAUCUUGUAUUGGGUUAGGACAACUAUGUUGAUUUGAUGCUCUGAUCUUCUUUGUUAUUUCAUGAAAUUAGAUAAUAGAACCGUUAGUUUGUUAUUGACGACACAAGUGUAAGCGUAUUCUAGAAAAUACCUAAUAUUUUGAUAUGUAAUUGUAUACACCAAAAUGUUUCAUCUUUGAUGGAUUGUAGCAGUGACAGUAUAUAAUUCUUUCCAACUAGUGUUGUGCUUCUAUUACCUUU